AUGUACGGUCUAAUCUUGGAGAACUUGGCCGAAUACAUAAGGCAGGUUUACGGCGAAGAUAGAUGGGAAGAGAUUCGCAGACAGGCGUCUGUAGAUCAGCCGAGCUUUAGCGUUCAUCAAGUUUAUCCGGAGAACCUGAUACCAAGAUUGGCAAAAAAAGCGAUUCAGAUACUCGGCGUAACGGAAAAGGAGUUCUUCGAUCAGAUGGGCGUGCACUUCGUAGGAUUCGUCGGUCAGUACGGUUACGAUCGCGUGCUCUCGGUACUUGGACGACACGUGAGGGACUUUCUCAAUGGUCUGGACAAUCUCCACGAGUAUCUCAAGUUCUCCUAUCCGAGAAUGCGAGCGCCGUCGUUCAUCUGCGAAAACGAAACACGCCAAGGUUUGACUCUUCAUUAUCGGAGCAAACGCCGGGGUUUCGUCUAUUACACAAUGGGUCAAAUAAGGGAAGUGGCUCGGCACUUUUAUCACAAGGAGCUGCAGAUCGAGCUGGUGCGCGAGGAGGUGCUGUUCGACACUGUGCAUGUGACCUUUCAGCUCACCUUCGAUAAUCGCGCUUUCACGCUCGCCUCACUCGCUAUGACUCGCGAAGAGAAGCACCUGCCGAUCGGGGCGUGUGUGCUUUUUGAGAUAUUUCCCUUCUGCAUUGUCUUCGGCUCGGAUAUGGUAGUUAGAAACAUCGGCAAUUCUUUAAUGGUCAUACUUCCAGAUUUGGUUGGCAAGAAGAUCACGUACUUUUUCGAUCUGGUUAGACCGCUUAUCGCAUUCAAAUUUCAGUCGAUAUUGAAUCGAACGAAUAACAUUUUCGAGUUGGUUACUGUUGAGCCGGUGCUUACGGAUCGAUUGAAUGAUCGGCACAGAAAUGAAAUUCUUUUGAGCGACGAGCUUGAAACCAUAGAAGAUAAAAGUUUACGAUUAAAAGGUCAAAUGAUAUACAUGGACAAUUGGAAAAUGAUGAUGUAUCUCGGUACACCAGUCAUGCCUGAUUUGAAUGCUUUAAUAGCGACAGGCCUCUACAUAAAUGAUCUCUCGAUGCAUGAUUUCAGCCGCGACCUUAUGCUAGCUGGGACACAACAAUCCGUGGAGCUGAAACUAGCGUUAGAUCAAGAACAGCUUAAGAGUAAAAAGUUAGAAGAAUCCAUGAGAAAACUGGACGAGGAAAUGAAACGUACCGACGAAUUAUUGUAUCAGAUGAUUCCCAAACAAGUCGCGGAUCGUUUGAGAAACGGUGAAAGUCCGAUUGAUACUUGCGAGAUGUUCGAUAGCGUGUCGAUCUUGUUUUCGGAUGUGGUGACCUUCACCGAAAUCUGCAGUAGAAUCACGCCGAUGGAAGUUGUGUCGAUGUUGAAUGCCAUGUAUUCACUGUUUGACACUUUGACCGAGAGAAACCGAGUGUACAAGGUCGAAACCAUCGGUGAUGCUUACAUGGUAGUCUCUGGUGCGCCAGUAAAGGAAAACGAUCAUGCGGAUCGCGUAUGCGAUAUGGCUCUUGAUAUGGUCGAGGCAAUAACCGAUCUCAAAGAUCGUUCGACAGGCAAUCAUCUUCAGAUACGCGUUGGCAUUCAUAGCGGCGCAGUUGUGGCCGGCAUUGUUGGCUUGAAGAUGCCGCGAUACUGUCUCUUCGGUGAUUCCGUCAAUACGGCAGCUCGCAUGGAAGCGACUAGCCAGGCUAUGCAGAUACACAUAUCCGAAUCCACUCGGGAAUUGCUAUCGCCCUCAUUCAAAGUUAAGGAGCGCGGAGAAAUCGAGGUCAAAGGAAAAGGUACGAUGAAGACCUAUUGGCUGGAAAAGCGGGAAAAGCGUUCCUUCACGACCAAGGGUAUCACUAUACAGGAACCUCAUCAAUGGCAUACGAGAAGUUUCGAGAAAAGAGUUUCCACAGUGAGCGCGGUAGGUCUGAUAAGUCCAGGCAUAUUUGACAAACCAGCUUCAAAAGACAUAUCGAGACGAGACUCGUCGAAGAUGUCAUCCCCGACGCCACCGGAAUCGUCCGGAUUUUUAUCCGAAGACAGAAGGAUAUAUUCCCCAAUUACUUUUCACGAUGUCGCACGACGAUCAGUCGCAAACUCGCCGACGAAGAAUAUGGAAAUUCGAGAGUGUCGAUCGAAUUCUAUGAGUGCAAUGGGCGUCAGGAACUCUGAUAUGUUUAGUUCUCUCUUGAGUGACACGGAGGAGCAUUUCCGACAGCACCGGAACAGUUUGUCGCCGCGCGCGGAGAAUCGGUCGGCCGGCGUGCACGUGAAACCGGAGGUGAAGAUCAAUGCCGUCUCGUCCUCAUCUUCAUCUUCGCAGAGUUCCGAGGACGAGUCAAAUCUGUCACUGGACUCGUCGCAAACGCGAAAGGAUAGCGCCAAUGUAACAGGUGGUGACAACAGUGAAUGCGCGGCGAUCAGUAGCGAUCUCAGCAAUUCCCAGUUGCUGAUGCAACAGGACCAGUGCUGUCCGGGAUUCACCAUGCCAAAGAGCAGCAAAAUGCGUCAUCAGGGGAACAAUUGCACUAUUUUCUAAAGCAGAAAUUGAAAAUUGAUAACACUAAAUGAGUCGCAAAUUUUCAUUUCUUAGAGUUUGACGUUAAGUUGUUUUAUAUGUGUAUCAUUUCCUCCUGCGUUGUUAUUUAUCUUAUUUUCAAUGUACAAAAAAUAAAGAAAUCUCAUUAUUUUCUUUGACGAAAAAUCGAUUUCACUUAGAGACUCUAUCAUAAAAGAAAUAUAAUAGAUAAGUAGAUGAUCAUAUACAUUUUGUAUAACAUAUUGAUAAAAAUAUUACUUUCAAAGCAACCUUACAAUUAAAAGAUAUCGAAAAAUAUUCUUCAUCUAUUCCAUGUAGGAUUGAUCCUU